AUGUUUAACAAAAUUCUCAACUUAUAAAUAAUUCAAUCUCUUUGUUUUAUUUUGUAAACAAAUUAUUGGCUUUUGCGGAUAAUGUUUUUUAAUCAAUUUCACGUGAUUUUGCCGGCGAAUCGAGUGAAUUCUGAUUAAUUCACCUCACUUAAAAAAAACAACAAAAACAAAAACCACCAGUACCUGCUGUUUAUAUUUACAUCUGGCAAUACGCACUUUCAAAUAAAACCAAACCACCAACUGUCAAUGAACGUCAUUCGAUAGCCUACUCUCGGUCGUGGUUGUGGUGCGCUUUAAAAUACUGUUUUGUAUAUAUUCAGCGUUGAUGAAAUUUUACUUUUUCUAAAUAAUUUCGAAAAAAAAAUAAUUAAUAAAAUUUUAUUUUAUCGUGUUAUAUUCUUAAUUGUUUGAUUGCAAAUUAAUCAAAUAAAAAGAAAUUCAUAGAAAAAAACAAAUCCAUCUUUGACCAAAAACCCAACCCUUACAAAAAAUUAAUUGAAAAAUUGCAUUUGACAAUAAAUUCUCAAGCGUGUUUUUGUGAAGCAGAAAAGCAGUCGUCGUCGUCGUUAGGAGACAUAAAAAUUUGUUGAUUUUGAAAAAAAAAACUAAUUUGGUCUGUUUUUGUAUAAUUUUCUGUGCUAAUCCAGUUUUAAUUUCAUUUUGUGUCUUGUGUCCGUCUUCGUAAAGUCGUCAAGUUUUGUGUGGAAAAAAAUAAACCAACAAAAAUUAAAACAAAAAUUCCUCCCAAGUGGCCGUGAAUUGUAUUAUUUUGUGUGUCCGUUUCAGUGUAGAAACACGCGCUUUCAAAAAAUUAAUUUUUCAAUCUAAUUUUUGAAAAAAAAAAUAAAAAAAUUGCACAAAGUCAUAUUUCUGACAUAAAAAAAUACACACAAUUCCACGUCAAGGAAUUGAAAUUUUAAAAAUCAAAUAAAAAGAAAACACACACAAUAAAAAUAUGAGUGGAUACACGGAUUUAGAUAAAAUCGAAAACAGUCGAAGCUGCCUUCGACGAAUUGCCCGUCAUGAUGAGCAACAAUUCUCAAAAGAUAGUAUUGUUAACGUGAUGGAGAAGUUUGUGAAAACGGUUAAUCAAAUGGAUGAGACAAUUCUGGUGCCAUGCAGGCUCAUGGAUAGACAGGUCGGAGACUCAACAGAUAUUGUCCAAGCCCCCACUAAAAAUUCCACCUCAAACCAACUCACAUUGAAUACAUCAUUCGAUUGCCAUGGCAAAGCGCACAAGAAACGUUCCAAGAACAUUCACGAAUUCCUCAAUCAAGCUGAGCUCUUCAAUUUGUACACCACUUUGAAUUCACUCAAGAACGAUUUGCUCUGGAAUCGUAGUAAUUCCGAUGAUGCCGAAGAACAAGAAGAAGAUGAGGGCAUGAGUAUCAGUCGAUCAACAAGUCAAGUUGAUGAAAAUUCCAAUGCAACCGAUUUGAGCAGUCCCAGCAGCAGCAACUCUGGAUCAACCAACUCUCUAUCAUCACCAGCUUCGUCGGCCUCAGUUUCCUCUGCGACAGGAAAUACCACAUCAGUUAAGGGACACGUACGUCGGCCUUCUACUGCUUCAGUCACAUCAACGACAUCAGUGAGUAAUCUGAGUGAUUCGGAAAGUGAAAUUUCGAAUGAAAAUGAUUCGGGUGUUGAAUCAGAAGGCAAUUGUGGAAACAGUCAGAAGGGCGAGAAGAAAUCUGCCAGUGCUGAUAAGGCUACAGAAUUGGCACGACAAUGCAGACGGCAUCUAGCUGGCCUGUACCAUUGUCUAGAACAGAUGACAGAAGCUUCAAACUACCUGACGGCCAGAUAUCAAAAUGAUAUUGGACCCGUUUAAAACCAAAA